AUGUCCGAGUUUCGUAAAUCCACCGGACCGAAACAAAUGUCAAAAAUUAUUCAAACCAAGUCUUUUACCAAUUCUUAUAAACAACUUGAAUAUUUUCUUGAAAUAGAUGGAGCGUUAAAAGUUGGUAGCCUUCGAAAUCAACCUGUUUUUGAAUGUCGACUUUGUAACGCACUUACCCCGAGUAAUAUCAAAGAAGUUAGUCAGCAUAUUAUAGAUUUUCAUAAGCUUGAUGAUAAUCUAUAUAGCAUAUUUUUUGUAACCAAAGUGAAUCGUCUUACAAGAUUAGAAUCCGCAAUUUUCUAA